UUACCUUUUCCCGCUAAAACACCUAAAAUUUUUCUCCCUCUUUUUUCUUAUUUACAGCUCGCCAAAACCCCCCUUUCUUAUUUUUGAUUUUCUCUCCAUCCAAACGUAAUUCAGUUUUUUUCAACUGCACAAUGCCUUCAAUCGCAGCGUGCAAUUCUUCUCCCCACAAGGUAAUGGUGCCCGUCAAAUCGGAAAAGCCCAGCGAGAUCUCUCCAUCCAAUGCUCAAUCAACCACGCCUCAGAAGCGGAAGUUGAGAUCUAACGGACCGCUGGUGCAGGAAACCCUGGUAUCUUCACUGGUGAAGCGGAAAUCGCCUCGUCGAUGCUUGAAUUCCAGCCCUAUUUCCCCUGCAAUUGAAAUUGAGAAGGAUUCUAGCAAACAGCAAGAGAAAACGUGCGAAAUCCCACCAAAGAAAUUGCACGAUAAUUUCACAGGCAAACCGAGUUGGAAUCCUAGAGAUAUAGGGCAAAUUAGUGCACUGAAAGAGGCUUUGCAUGUAUCAACUGCUCCAUCUGUUGUUGUGUGCCGUGAGGAUGAGCAGAAAAGGAUUUUUGAUUUCUGUAAGGCGUGUAUAGAACAGGAAAAGGCUGGAAGUUUAUAUGUGUGCGGGUGCCCUGGGACGGGGAAGUCAUUAUCAAUGGAGAAAGUGAAGCAACAUUUGGUUGAUUGGGCUAAAGAGAUGGGUUUAAAGUGUCCAGAUAUGUUGAGCAUGAAUUGUACUUCUCUAGCAAAUAUAUCGGAGAUUUUCAGCAAGAUAAUGGGCAAAAACCUCCCAAGAAAGAGAAUAAAUGGAUCUGCUUCACCUCUACAACAUAUUCAGAACUUGUAUUCUCAACAGCAGCAGUCAUCUGGCUCAAACAUGACGUUAAUAGUUGCUGAUGAGUUGGAUUACUUGAUCACUAAAGACAGAGGUGUCCUUCAUGAUCUUUUCAUGCUUACAACUUUCCCUUUUUCUCGAUGUAUAUUAAUAGGCAUAGCAAAUGCCAUAGAUCUAGCAGAUCGUUUUCUUCCAAGACUUCAGUCAAUGAAUUGCAAGCCUAUGGUUGUGAAUUUUAGAGCCUAUUCAAAGGAUCAAAUCCUCAGAAUACUUAAGGAGAGGCUGAUGGCACUACCUUGGACUGUUUUUCACCCACAAGCAUUGGAGCUCUGUGCCAGAAAAGUUGCAGCUGCUUCUGGAGACAUGAGGAAAGCACUAUGUGUUUGCAGGAGCGCAAUUGAGAUUCUAGAAGGAGAAUUGAGAGAAUCUGCAAGCAAUCUGAGUUCAUCUGCAGUGGAGAAUGAGUUGCCCCAUCCACAAACAGCGCCAGCUUGUGAAUUCUUUAAAAAGCAGGAAUCCAUGAUUGUGGGAAUUGAUCACAUGGCUGUUGCUUUGUCAAAAGCAUAUAGAUCACCUAUAGUGGACACCAUUCAAUCUCUUCCUCAGCAUCAACAAAUGAUUCUAUGUGCUGCUGUGAAGUUUUUCCGAGGAGGAAAGAAGGAUACCGUCAUAGGAGAGCUGAACAAAUCUUACAUAGACGUAUGCAAGUCAACAAUGAUACCACCAGUUGGAGUUUUGGAAUUUUUGAGCAUGUGUCAAGUGUUAAAUGACCAGGGGAUUCUCAAACUGGGUCAGUGUCGUGAUGAUAAAUUGAGAAGACUGAACCUAAAAAUAGAUGCAGCUGACAUCACAUUCGCAUUGCAGGGUGUCCGUUUCUUUCGGAAUUGUCUUCAAUGAUUCUGUUAAGUAGAUGUACUCGUUCUGGUUCAACUUGGAAUUUAAUGGCUGUUGAUCAUUAGGCUUUCCGCCAAAUCCAGAUUAAAGCUGUCAGCAUGUUAACAAGUUUGAUGACAAACAUUUGGGUUCUUACAUGCCAAAACAUAGAAGAUGGUAAUCAUUUUCCAGCAACCUAGAGGGUUUUUACCUGCAGACAUAUCGACGCAAGAUUAAUUCAUUACAUAAUUUGUAAUUAGUCACACUUUUUUAAUGUUAAUAAAUGGGCUAUGGUUAUGUUCUCUGUUCCUUCAAUAAA